AUGGAUAGAGCGGCUGCCCUGCGAGCCGCCGGCAUGCUGGAGAGGAAGGAGCGGGGCGGCGAGGCGGCGGGGCCGGCCGUGCGGAGUACCGUGCAGCAGUGCGGGCUGCUCCAGGACCUCAUCGACAUCUCGCUGUCCAACCUGCGCGGGCUCCGCACCAAGUGCGCCGCGUCCAACGACCUGACCCAGCAGGAGAUCCGCACCCUGGAGGUGAAACUGAUUGACUACAUCCACCGACAGCGGCAGUGCAAGCUGAGUGUGCCCCUGAAUGACAGGACAGCAGAGCUCAACAGCUACCCGAGAUUCAAUGACUGGUUAGACAUUGUCAAUGUGAGGAAAGAAGUUGUCCAGAGAAUACCAGAGGAGCUAACCUUAGAUGCCUUACUUGAAAUGAAUGAAUCAAAGGUGAAAGAAACGAUGAAGAGAUGUGGCGCCAGAGAUGAGGAGUGCUCCAGACUCAAUGGGGCACUGAGCUGUUUAAGGAAGGUGACUGAAUCAGGUGGGGAGUUAAAAGAUGACGUGCUGAUGAAUCUUUCUGAAGCACGCCGAGAGAACAGCUCUACAAGCAUGACUGAGUGCCCUUGCUCCUCUGCACCCACGUGGACUCACAGUGCACUGAACCUUCCCAAGGGCAACAGCCCCCAGGCACGAUCGGUGUCGGUGUCUACAGUCUCAUCUUCAGAUUCCCUUGCCUCGAGUCACGGACCUUCUGUCUAUGCAGAUAACCUCCUGGACCCUUUUGCCUUCCCUGCACACGGUGGAAAGUUAGCACCAAGGACUCCUCAUAGCAUCACCAUCACUCCCCCAGCCACUCCUCAAGCCAAGAGACGGCACAAGUUGAAGCCACCACGGACUCCUCCUCCCCCUUGCCGGAAAGUUUUUCAGCUGCUACCUAAUUUUCCAACCCUCACAAGGAGCAAGUCCCAUGAAUCACAGCUGGGAAACAGGAUAGAUGAUGUUCCUCCAAUAAAGUUCGAACUCUCCCAAGGAUCCCCUCAAAUGGUACGAAGAGACUUUGGCUUAGCUGUAACGCACAGGUUCUCUACGAAAUCUUGGUUAUCUCAGAUUUGCCAAGUUUGUCAGAAAAGUAUGAUGUUUGGGGUGAAGUGUAAGUACUGCAGAUUGAAAUGUCACAACAAGUGUACUAAAGAGGCACCUGCUUGUAGAAUAUCAUUCCUUCCCAUUACCAAAAUAAGGAGAACAGAGUCUGUCCCUUCUGAUAUCAACAAUCCAGUAGACAGACCAACAGAACCACAGUUUGGAACUCUUCCCAAAGCAGUCACUAAAAAGGAGCACCCACCAGCAAUAAAUCAUCUGGACUCCAGCAGUAACCCCUCUUCUACAACCUCUUCCACGCCAUCUUCUCCAGCACCUUUCCAGUCUUCCAACCCUCCCAGUGCAACACCUCCCCCAAACUUAUCUCCUAUGGGCCAGAGAGACGGACGAUUUAACUUCCCAGCUGCCUACUAUAUUCAGCAUAGACAACAGUUUAUCUUCCCAGAAAUUCCCAGUCCUGCACAAACAGCACAGCCUCCGGAACCCACUGCAGACACAAAUGCUAAAGAACAGCCAGAUACAGAUGGAAUUAAACAUGAAGCAGAGGUGGAAGAACCUGAGAGUAAUAAAUCAGAACCUGAAGACGAUGAGGACGAAGUGGAAGAUCUGCCAAACAGAAGGCCGCACUUGCAAGGGAUGAUUUACCGCAAACCCAGCCAGACCAGCGUCUACCUGCAGGAAUGGGACAUUCCCUUCGAACAGAUCGAACUGGGGGAUCCCAUCGGCCAAGGACGAUGGGGAAAGGUUCACAGGGGAAAAUGGCACGGGGAAGUGGCCAUCAGGCUGCUGGAGAUAGAUGGGAACAAUCAGGAUCAUCUCAAGCUCUUUAAAAAGGAGGUGAUGAAUUACAGACAGACCCGGCAUGAGAAUGUGGUGCUUUUCAUGGGAGCGUGCAUGAACCCUCCUCAUUUAGCAAUCAUUACCAGCUUCUGCAAAGGAAGGACACUUCAUUCAUUUGUAAGGGACCCCAAGAUAUCCCUGGAUAUUAACAAAACCAGGCAGAUAGCACAGGAGAUCAUUAAGGGCAUGGGCUAUCUUCACGCAAAGGGGAUUGUACACAAGGAUCUGAAAUCCAAGAACGUUUUUUAUGACAAUGGAAAAGUAGUGAUCACUGACUUUGGACUAUUUGGAAUUUCGGGUGUGGUUCAGGAAGGAAGGAGAGAGAAUGAAUUGAAGCUGCCUCAUGACUGGUUAUGCUACCUGGCCCCUGAAAUUGUUCGCGAGAUGGCCCCUGGGAAAGAUGAAGACAGGCUGCCUUUCUCCAAAGCUGCAGAUAUCUAUGCCUUUGGGACUGUGUGGUACGAGCUCCAAGCAAGAGAAUGGCCCUUCAAGAACCAGCCUGCUGAGGCACUCAUCUGGCAGAUUGGAAGUGGUGAAGGAGUGAAACAAAUCCUUGCAACUAUUAGUUUGGGGAAAGAAAUCAAUGAAAUUCUCUCAGCAUGCUGGUCAUUUGAUCUCAGUGAGAGACCUAGCUUCACUGUCCUCAUGGAUAUGCUUGAAAAACUGCCAAAACUGAAUCGUCGGCUCUCCCACCCAGGGCACUUCUGGAAGUCUGCUGACAUUAACAGUAGCAAAGUUGUCCUGCGUUUUGAGAGAUUUGGCUUGGGAAUCCUGGAACCAAGUAAUCAAAAGAUAUAGCAUGGUGUGUGGUUGUCUUGUGAUAAUGUCUACCUACUUACACACAAAGAAAUCUUCACUGAAUUUUCCAAGCUAUGAAACUGGUGCAGCCACAGCUGAAAGCCACACGACCAUCAAUUAACAGUCCUUUGUUGUUGGCAAAGGGUGAAUUCUGCCUGAGCACCAGCAGUUAUUUAAAGAAUGUUUACAUGAUACUUUUGCGUGAACUAUAUAUUUUUUAAACACAAUAAACAGCGAAUCAAUUAACUACAGCCAUUCCACUAGCACAAAGAGAAACCAACCUCCUUCUAGUUCCUUCUUGCGUCUGUGGUGUAAAGAUCAGGAAUGAUCUUCUGCCUUCAGUGCAUUUUUCCCUAAGACAAGUGGAACCGCUUUGUUUCAGAAUGGUUACGUAUCUCAUGCAAGGAGAUGGGAGUUUUAAAUUGUUUUUCUCUUGUUAAGGUGAAAUUUAUCUAUUGCAUUGUGAUUUAUCCAAACUGAUAAUUCAGUUUGUGAUCACUCCGGUUUGUUUCUGCAGGUUGGUCCAAGCUCUGGGUUACCCUGAAUUAAGUUAAAGCAGUAAAAAUCUGCUUCUUGCAGGGGAGUUUGCUGUCAAACAUACAGUUAUCUCAUUGAAACAGAACUGAGCACUUCAACACAGAACUCACAAGAAAAGCUGAAUUGCCCUGCCACAGAACUGCGUCGGGUUGGUUGGGCUGGCAGUGGACCUCUGGGUCCAUCCGCUUUCAGCCCUGCUCAGGCAGGGCCACCCCAGCUGGCUGCCCCUGGAAAGCUUCAGGCACAACCCGUUUGGUCCCCUGAACCAGAGCACUGCCAGACCUCACCCCUUGCUGCCCUGAUGGCAAUCUCAUUUGUAGAAGAACAUAUUUCACUAGAUAGAGCUCCAGGGAGGGAAGAAAAUCAAGGGAAAAAGCCAUCCCUGAACAAUGUAUAACAUACUGUUCUGAUACACAGAGCUUGUUAAGAGACUCAAAGUCAUUUCUCUCCCCUGUGUGCACACACACACUCCUCCAGACAGUCAGAUAAGUCUGCAAGAAUUUAAGAAAUUUAGGACUCAGCAGUUCUGAGGAAAACUAAGAACAGCAAAACCCUUGCAGCUGGGAAAGUUACAUUUUGUUCCAGAGAACCUGAGUCAAUCCAAGACCCGUUUCAAAGGUUAAGACCAAGAAAAAACCCAGCCCCCCAAAAUCAAAAGGAAACCACAUGCUACAAUGUGCAAUACACAGACUGAUAAAGGACACAGCUUAUUUCUGCAUUUAAGGUAACAGAUGCAUUAUCUCACUUGCAAAUGAAUUGCAAGCUGCAUUAAAUGUUCCAUCACACCUCCCAUUCUUGUUCCUCUGCCUUUGCCUGUCAGCCAGGGCAGCAGGACAACUCUAAUUAUGCAGUGGACAUUAAAGAGCCCUUCUGUCCUUACACUGCUUCAUUUUUAAGGUAGUUCAUUAGGACUCCCUGAAAGUCACCAAAUUUCAUCUCUCCAGUCACACUAGUACAUUACAUGCCUCUUUUCUAUCUUUUGCCACCAUUACAAGGCUUUAUAAUGUAGAUUACAGAGGGAAAAGCUCUGAAGUCCUCCACGAGGCACACAAAGUGAUAGGCACUCAGUUUGGUUACAGCAGCUGACUUGGAGAAAAUCAAGUGGAGAAAAAAAGAAGUUCUGUCUAGAGGGCUUCACUCCAGCUACUCCUUCACUAUGCUAUGGUGAUUUUAAAUGUGCCUCAAAUAUAAAACAGAAUUUGUUUGGUGGUAGCCAAGCAUGGAGACAUGGUUCUCUUGACCUCCCUCUUACCACCUCAGAAAAGCAAAUAGGCCCCUCAGCACACCGUGCCCUUUUAGCCACCACCUGCUUUCUCUUCAAGCCUUGCUACUGUUUGCUCUCUCACAAUAACAUUGUCACAGAUUUAAACAGAGGUUGUUUUCCAACGAGUACCACUUAAGUAUUGACAGUGCAGUAAAAGCCAGGAGAAACCUGCUUCGUAGCAACGUUAAGGUUAUGAACCCACGGGCAGCAUUGUACCUUGCCUUAGGGAGAGCAGAAGCUGCUGCUGGAUGCACACAUUGCAUCGGGUCUGAGCAGCCCCUCUGCACCACAGCAUGCUCUCACUGCUAUUCCUGUCUCACUUGGGAAACCCAGAGCUUUCAUUGUGGGAAGGAAAGAGUGAUUGCUCACCUGGCUGUCAGCAGUAACGCUGCUGUGGCAAUGUGCAAGAACAAUGCUGAGAAAGCACGACCUUCUCAAUCUUUUCCUACAGGAUGGCUGGUUGGACAGACUAUCCAGCUUACAACAAAAUAAAAUUAAAAACCAAACGUUGUUCUCCCUGUGUGACUGCCCUCAUGUGAGGUUCAAACCCUGGCUGUUUCCAGGCAGAAUGCUGUGCUGACCCUGCUUUCCAGCAAGGCAGCUACACCUGUGUCAGCAGGGCUGCCUGUCCCUUGGUGCUUCACUUUGCAGUGUGCUGAAAGCAGAUGGGGCUGACCCAUGAGCACUGCAGGCUGAUGGAGUGCCAUCCUGCUGCAGGAAGGGUUUCAAACCUUGCCUUUAAAUCAUGAAGUUUGAGAUUCAGUCUGAGUCUUCCUUGGUUUUGUGUUUAACUCCCAUAAAUGGUUCUUAAAAGCAAAACCCAGCGUACCAGAGAGCAGGGCCAAUUACUGUCUGGGGUAAUGUGUUGCAGUCAGCUGUGUAAGGCACAUGGAAGUCAAACAGAGCCGUGCAGCUGUACAGCUGUGAAUGAAAUCAGGCGCUUCCAUCUCUCUGCCACAGCUGAGCAGCAGGCAUUGGGUCACUGCUUUAUGGCCAUGUGUCUCCUCGUGUGCUGGUGUGAGGCACGAAGCACAGUAAGCCUGUCCUGUUGUAGAGGUGUAAAUGUGAAGCUGGCUGUACAAUGCUGCUACAAUAGCCACACGUCAAUAGUGAAUGUAAAUGGAGUCUGUAAUAUGGUGAAAAUUGACGCGUUUUUCUUUUCAAAUGUGUUGUAAACUUUGUACAGUAAAUUUUUUUUAAAAUAUUUUCUAUCAGAGUGUCUUCCAGAAUUGCUAUUAAAUUAAAAAUUGUUAGUAUUAACAACCGUUGCUGUAUUAGUUUAUGCAACCAGCAAGGAAAAAAAAGUGCACAUUAUGCUAAUAAAAUACUGGAUACAUAGGAAUCUUUUCAGCAAAUAAAUCUUUGCUCUGGAUAAAGCAAGUGUUA